UCCCGAAUACGAAAUGAUAAAAGUUCUCUUGCUCCCAUAUAUUCCAGUCAACUGUGCAUAUUAAUUGACAAUGGGUGGAUGUUCUUUACCAAAUUGUACGGGAAACAACCGAAAAGGAGAUAGAUUAUUCGUAUUCCCCGUUAAUGCAGAAAGACGCAAAGUAUGGAUUGACAAUUGUAGAAUUGAACAUUGGGGUUGGACGCCGACAUUUAAAAGUCGUCUUUGUGAGCACCACUUCUCAUCAGAGCAAUAUGAGCAACACAGAGCUGAUGGAUUUAAGAAAUUAAAACCAAAUGCAAUCCCCACGUUAUUUCAGUUCAAUUCUAACUCUGAAGAAUUACAACUGCGGAAUAAAUUCACCAAUAAGAAAAAGAAGCGCCGCGCUUUGCAGAAAAUUAAAACUGAAUCAAUGAAUAGCGGAAAUAGACUUAAUUAUAUCACUGUGAAUAAAGUUCAACGAUUUGACCAUUCUUAUGGCAAAGAGGUAAAAACCAAACAGAAUGAAAAUGGGGAAACAAACAAUGAAACAGCUGAAACGAUAAACUCUUCACUUGAACUUGAGAUUGAUAAAUGUGAAGUAAUUGUGGAUUGUGAGCAAUGUCAUAAACUUUAUUUAGAAAUUGAAGAAAUGAGAAAACAGUUACUGUACACGGAGCAAAAGUUGGACAAGAUGGAAAUUAAGUUUCUUGCUUUGCUGGCACAAAAACAAACAGAAUCGUGAUAAAUGUUCGUCAUAACUGCCAAGUGGAAAAAAUUAAUCAUAGCGUUCUGUCUAAAGUUUAUCUAUGUGAAGAUAAAAUUGUGGAAAGAAAAACGUUUGUUGCAUUCUUGUUGGAUAUGUUUUUUUAUUGUAACUAUUGUCGUGUUGAAUUUGGCGCCAAAUAUAAAUGCCAAGAUUUACUACUAAA